AACACCAUCUGCCUAUCGCCCUUUGGACGAGGGGAAAAGCAGAAGAAAGUCACAGCGGCGCACCUGGAGGAGAGGCCGCCUCGGAACCAGCCGCCGGGAGAGGUCCAGAAAAAGACCAUCCUGAACAUGGAAAAAGCCGGCAAAGAGCCCGAGGAGCAGCCACAGAGCUCGCCCCAGGCGGGUGAAGAGCGGCCUUCUGUGGAGCCGUCUCCCGAAAAGUCGUCCCCGGAGGAGCAGUCUUCGGAGGAGGUGUCCUCGGAGGAGGAGUUCUUUCCCGACGAACUCCUUCCUGAGCUUCUUCCCGAGAUGCUCGAGUCCGAGGAGCGCCCUCCCCAGGAGCGCCUGUCGAGGAAGGACCUUUUUGAGGCGCGGCCCCCCAUGGAGCAGCCUCCUUGCGGAGUGGGCAAGCACAAACUAGAAGAGGGGAGCUUUAAGGAAAGGCUGGCCCGCUCCCGCCCGCAGUUUAGAGGGGACAUACACGGCAGGAAUUUAAGCAACGAGGAGAUGAUAAAGGUAGCAGAGGAGAUGGAAGAGAUGAAGCGAGUACGGAACAAACUGAUGAUCAUGCAUUGGAAGGCCAGGCGGAACCGUCCUUAUCCUAUUUAAUGUGUUCCGCUUGGAAUUUUGUUUCGCCGGAUGUAUUAUCACUUGAACUUGGCUUUUUCUUACAUACCUUACAACGUCUUCCUAAUCUGGACUUUUUGUGUGGCUAUGAGGUAUUUCUCUAGUAACUGGCAUAAAAUUGCGUCUCACCCCCAUCUGCAAGACGUCCUCUUUCAAUCAUGUCUUCUCCAUUUGCAUGGAAAGAUGCACAGCAUAUAUUGUGGAGUGGAGAAAAGCAAUUUUCAAAAAGUAUAUGUAGUAUCCCAUUUUUGUAAAAAGUGUAUAUUUGUAUAUUAAUAUGCAAAGAAAAAACUCAGUAUAUACUGCAGAGAUUUAACAGUGAUUGUCUGUGUGGUAGGAUAACAGGUGAUUUGCUUUGUUUUUCAUUUUCGCUUCAUCUGAAUUUCUCAUUUUCUCAAGAUGAACACAUUUUACAUGUUACCAAAAAAAGACAAUACAAUGGGAAAAAUUGUAAAGCAAUGAAAAAAUUUGUCAAUCAGCUUAUAAAGAAAAUGUGGCACUUAAUAAAUACUUUGCAGAACUUUAAAAAAGAAAA